GACUCGCGACCUAGCUCUCGUGCGGCCCCUACCCCGGCGCCCUCCCCACCCUCCCCUGUAUGCCCUCUCCUCCCUCAUUCUCCCCUUCAUCGCUUGUGCAUUUCUUCGCCUCACGCCCCCUUCCCUUUGUCCCGCGGUCAGCCCCUAAGUUCCAGCCACCUUCUGCACACAACGCUGGGCCUCUGGGGAGGUGGGAGCUUGGAUCGGUGAGCCCGGCCCCCCUCGGAGACCGGCUUCUCCCGGGGUUCCCUGCCCCUGCCUUCUCGGGAAGCGGCCCCUCCUGGAGCAGACUGCCGCCUCUUGGGUCUCCGGGCCCGGCGGCAGCCAGGGCUCGGCCCGCGGCUGAGUCCCCGCUUGGGCGCUGCGCUGGGUUUGGGUCCUUGCACCACCCAGGACGGCGGAUUAUCUGCCCGCUCUUCUCGGAGCCCCACGUAGAAGGCGCCAGGAGUUCAGAGUUGCAGCGCUGGUUCUGUCACUGGCUGCUUCGCCAACCUGACUUCCAGCCUUCUUUCUCCGUCUGCGAAAUGGGGCAAACAUCUUUUGUCUACAGAAAGCAAAAGAGAAAGAGUCAAGCAGUAUGGAUGCCGUCAGCCAAGUCCCCGUGGAAGUCGGGCUUCCCAAGCACAUCCUGGACAUCUGGGUCAUUGUCCUCAUCAUCCUGGCCACCAUUGUCAUCAUGACCUCCUUGUUGCUGUGCCCAGCCACUGCGGUCAUCAUCUACCGUAUGCGGACUCAUCCGGUCCUCAGUGGGAAUGUCUGAGAACCUUCCUUCCAGCAGGGCCAGGUGAGGGAUGAGGACAGGAGUCCCUCCCCCAGCCUCAUCCCUGUUCUCAGAAAAGCAGAGCAGCAGGAGGGACUUUGGAGCUUGGACCUCAGUUCUGGUUUUGAUUCUGCCACCGACCAGCUGUGUGAAUUUGGUCGAGGGUCCUCACUCUGUGAGGUCCAGGUUCCUUAUCUUUCAAAUGGGCAUUGUGUUCCCUGCCCUUCCUACCUCAUAGGGUUGUAAGAACCAAAGGACUUAGUGGAGCCGGAAGCCGUUUGUGAGCAGUAAAGUCACCACAGACACACAAGUGUAAUGCUGGGUGCUGAGAAGCUUUGAAGGACCAAAGGACCUAAUUGCUGGUGAUGGCCUCAAAGGUGGCGAGGGAGACCCUGGCAUCACAGCAGCCUUUGCCUGUGCCCCUCAGGUCGAACCACACACAGGGCACCCUGUCCUCAUUCCAAGGGGCCGGCGGUACAUUGGCUCAAAGUUAUUCUUUUUAUGGUGCCCCUCCCUUGUGGUUUCUCAGUUGGGAGGGAACUGAGUGUGGCAGGGGGAGGGAGAUGGGUAGGACUUCCCAGAACCUUCUCUGUGCCAGAAUCUCUGACCCUAUGUAAUCCAGAGGAGGGCUCUGCCACCUAUUGGCAAUGACAAGGGAGUUGGGGUGAUGGGCUUCUUUCUGCCCUGGAGUCUCACGUCUCUGUUAGCUUUGACACUCAAGCAAUGUUGGAAAAUGUAGCGUGGCUGAGUUCCUUGCCCAGCUUUCAGGACCUCCAGCCCCCAUCCCUCAUGUGCCCCACACUAGAGGAGGCUGUCCCCCUCUGCCCAGCUCCCGCUACAGUCAGCUCUGUGUAUGCUCCUUCACUCCCUCCCACCAGCACUGCAGCCAUCCAAGGUACUUAUGUUUUAAGAGACGUUCCCAGGAGUUUUGGAACCAAGUCAAAACAGUGAUGGUUAUUUUAGACACUAUGAUUUAUAUUUAUAUAGAGAUAUUUCUGGGACCAUGCAAGCUCUUUGAUAUCAAAAUCAAGAGCAUCUGGGGAUUUAUUAAAUUAUGUACCAAGAUAGCACAGAUAUCAGGAUAUUAUUGUGUGAAAAUGAAGCUUUUUACCUUGAUCUGAUUUCAUUGAUGUACACAACCGAUUUCCAAUAAAGUGCUAGAAUGAG